AUGGAGCAAGGGCGCAGGCUAGAGAAGACACAGGUGUUCUCUAUUGUGGUGUUCGGCUCCAUCAUCAAUGAGGGUUAUGUGAACACAGAUAAGUCCCCGGUGCUGCGCUGCAUCUUCAAUGGCAAUGAAGGCGCCUGCAACUAUGGCAUUACAAUAGGGCUGCUGGCAUUCCUAGCCUGCAGCUUCUUCCUGGUGAUGGACCUCUACUUCCAACAGAUCAGCAGCGUGAAGGACAGGAAGCGCCUUGUACUCCUGGACCUGGGCUUCUCUGGCUUCUGGUCCUUCCUGUGGUUCGUGGCAUUCUGCUUUCUGGCCAACCAGUGGCAGCGGACACCUGCCAGCAAGGGGGCAUCGCAAGGCGGGGAUGCUGCCCGGGCAGCCAUCGCCUUUUCGUUCUUCUCCAUCAUCUCCUGGGUUGCCCUGACUGUAAAAGCCCUCCAAAGAUACCGAAUGGGGACUGACAUGUCUCUCUUUGCCACGGAUCAGUUUGGCCCCGAUCCCAUGGCAGGAUAUCCGGGACACCAUCCCACCAGUGGUGGCAUCGAAAGCACAGAAACCUAUCAGAGCCCUCCGUUCUCCGAGACCCUGAAUACCAGCCCCAAAGGUUACCAGGUGCCAGCCUACUGAAAGGGCAGGUGACCCCUCUCCCCCAUGAAGUUUCGGAGCAAACCGAAACCAGACCCAGAAAAAUGGGCUCACAUCCCUUCAAGGUGCAAGUAUAGUCAACAGAUUGGUUACAAGUGUAUUCAGAAGUCCUUUCAUUUUUCUUUUUUUUAAACACGUGGCGAGUUAUGUGCUGGGUUAAACUUACUCUUAGCUAAUGGUGCAGUGAAUUCUGUACAGUGGUUCUUGUCUUAUCUGUCCAAGGAUAUUUUUAUAUUAAAAAGAAAAAAAGGCAAGUGUUCCCUCUAAGCAGGAAACUCUAGAACAGUCGUAACUCCUAUUUCCCUGGCUGAAUCAGUGGCAUUUGCUCAUGACAUUUGGCUGAAAGCACACAUAAAACCUAGCAAGAGAGCAGGGGCGCUGCAGGGGUAAGGGGUGUCAGAGAAGACAAGAGGGCAGCACCAUGGCUUGAUCAAAACCCUGCCCCUUGUUUAUAGGUGUCACGAAUGCCAGAGAGACCAGCCAGAUAGAGUGCCACCUCCCCUGGCCAGCUGCUGCUUCAUCAUGUGCUUCCAGGGCAAACCAAAAAAUAAUUCUCCCAGAACUAGGAGCUUCUGUCUUCUCUUUCCCUCCCUUUCAACUUUCUUUCCUCUUUACAAACUUAGAAAAGUAGUUAAAAAGGGAUGUGCCAAAUUAAAAUACCAAAAAGAAUAGCUGUGUUAUUCUCUCUGAUGUAUAUUUGGGUGUACUGUAUAUACGUUCUAUACUUCCGGUACUAAAUGAGUGUAUAUAUACUGCACACGUGUGGUUCUGUUAUUCCAGGACACUUUGAUGUUUAAAUUGUGCUCUUAAAAAAAGCUAAACAAAAGCAUCGUUCCAGGCAGAAAGCAAACCAGUAAUAGCCCCCCAACAGCAGGAAAUGUAGCAUUUGACCACCUUAGGUGCCAUCUCAAAGAGGACUUGGUGGCUCCUACGAUCUCCUCUCCUUCUUUGAAGAACAAGCAUUUCUUGUUGAGAAAUCAGAUGGGGAAGGAAAAAAGGUUGGGAGAAUAUGCAAGGACAAAAGUGGAGACCUGAGCUCCAGGCGCUAGGUGCCACCCAGAUAUUGAUUAAAGAACAUUUGGCAUACUCUUUUUCAACAUGAAUGAGGCCAAAACAUUAUUCCUGCCAUCCCUUUAAACUGCCCAUGUUUCAAGCUGAGGCUACCUAUGUUUUCUCCUUAAACAGAGAUCCACAUUGGCAUAAUAAACAUCGUAACACUGGGGAAAUUCCCUCUCUCCUUGGCAAAGCAAACAAGUUUCAUAGGGACAGUAAAACAGAUCCUUAAGCCUCAGAAGCAAACAAAAAUAUUAAUAAUUCCUCCACAAAGGACCAGUAAUACUGAAGGGAACAGAACAGGUGUUCAGUUUUGAGGUGACUCAGUUGAUGUAAAACCAAGAGAAUGCAGUUUUUAAUAAGAAAAAUUAUUUUAAAUAAUUCCAGCUGCAAUAGAGGGGAACAUGGUCUCGGAAAUCCUCUUGCAGAGACAGGUGUCCCAGUAUUGUAGAGAUCCGAGUAUACAAGGAACUUGCCAAGUGCAAAAAACUGGAAAGUGUGAUAAUCUAUAUUAGCCGCCUAAGAUGUCCUGGAGCAGGGAGGGCAGAAUGUAAACAGAAAUAGUAAAUAAUCAAUAUACUAAAUUUUCACACAGACUGUUAAAAUGGCCAUGGUCCUAUUUCAGCCUUAAGAUGCUUGAGAUUUUAUUUUGGAAAGUGAUCGAAAGUCAGCUGUGGCAGUGCAAAACCCAUGCGAGGUUGAAGAUGAUUUUAAAACAGGGUAGAAUUGUAGCAAUACAGCAUUUUCCUUAGAGAGAACACUGGCACGUUAGCAGUGCACAAAGCUUGUGUUUAAGUAUUUUAGGAAGAAAACAAACCAUGCACACACAGAAACAGAACUAUAAAAUAUUUAAAUGUUUCUCUCGAAUGUACAUGUGAAAUAAAUGUCUGUUCAGUACAGUGUAUUUUUUCUAGCUGUAAAGAAACCCAUUUCAGAGUAUCCUUGUGGCAACUGUGAGGAAAAGAAAAAACAAGGGAGAUUUUGUUCUGUCUGAGUGGUAGGACUGUCUUGGUCGCUGUUUGUGUGCUAGAGAUUACUGUUCUGAAUGUAUGCACGUGCUGCCUACGCGUGUAUUUCCUUCCUUUUAGCCUCCCCGAGCCUGAGGGGACAGGCAGCACCUGGCUCGGGGGGUUGUGCAAAGCCGCAUUGCGCGGCACUCACAACUCAGACUGACACGGGAAGCGGGAUGGACCAAACUCUGGGCCUGAGCCGGAGCGGCCACGUCUCCUUGCUGCACGAUGAGGACUUGCUGCACUGCCCGAGGCAGCGGACUUUGCGAAAGCCAGAGGUCCCGCUACAGCAAAACUCAGACGGAUUCUGGCUCAGCGGCAUGGCGCAUCAGAUGUAGCAAGAUCUCUUCAGCACAAACUUGUAGCAAACGUGCACUUGGGGCAGAGCAGCACCGUUCCUUUCUGUGGCAAUUCUUUCCUUAGCUGUGGCAGAACGUUAGACCUUCCCCACCUGGGGCCUUGUCCUGGACAACCGGGCCCACCCCCCCACACGCAACCAGAGAUGGCAGGACCCUAAACCUUUUUUUUGCGGGGCUGUAUUGAUACCUCCCCAAAUGAUGUGCCAAAAUUAGAGAGCUACAAACCAACCAGGGAAGAAUUACAGAGAACAAGAACCUUUUAUCCCCCAAGUAAGAAUUGUCCAGUGCACCUGUCUCGCUUUUCAGAAGCCAGGCAAUGGUUUCCGAACGCUUCGUGUGGUACACCGCCCGGUAUCAUCAAGCAUGCCUUGAAGGGCACUCCACUCGCAUGGCCCAGCCCUCACCACCAGCCCUGGCAGAUCUGCCAAAGGUGAGAGAAGACCUACACAUUUUCUUCUAAGCCAAGUGGAGCAGAGAGCCAGGGUCCACCUCCAGAGCUGCAGAAACAACCCAAGCCACACAAAUUCCACUUAAGGGCGACCCCAUAAGAGAGUCAGAAGGCUAAGAAACCGUUUCCAGUUGUUUCGGGUGAUAGGGGAGCAAAGCAAGACCAACGGCCUCGGUGGCCCAGCCCCCAGCCCGGCCCCCAACCGCAGACCCUGGAGGCGAUACGUAGCCACCGGUAGGAGCAGCUCACCCUCAGAUAUUUUCUUCACUCCCCCUUCAGAGUCAUUCCAUGCGGUAGCCAUUGCUACAUAUUCCUUCCUUUUGUGAAUCUGUUUCCUACCUUUUCGCUCCAGUAUUUUGAGGACAAAAUCCCAUGCGUCAGUUUACACCCCUCUAAAACAACACACGCCCUCUCUUGCCGCUUCCCUUCUGCAGAAACUAAAAGGUCCCAGAUGCUGCAAUCCAAGAGUGGGCCAGAAGCUUCAGCCUUCCAGUGGUUGCUCAACACCUGCAACCUUUGGCCGGGACCUUUCCUUGCUCUUUCCUCCUUUAGGCUGCUCUUUUCGGCACGAUCUCCCCCCACGGCGGUCCCCAGAGAGUGCUGCAGGGAUGGGCACGCCAUGUCUAUGGAAAGGUGUGACAAUGUAAACUGUUACCGCCUCACCAGGAGGGUGUUUCCUCUUGGGUUUCCAGGCAGGGAAAGGAGCCCCAGGGCCAGUACAACUGAAUCCAAGCCCUUUGCUUUCCAACUGCUGGAAAUCACCCUGAGCAGCAUCUGCGGCACACCUGCUCAUUCCGCCUAUGUCCCAGCAAACUGCAAAUUGGCAUUUCAAGGAUGAUCAUGUUUAAGCUUGCAAAAUGUUUUCAUUCUCAAUGUUGCAGAAGCAGAAACAGGUUAAUUCUCUAUUCAGACUAAUUCCAGUUACACAAGGCCUCCCCUUUCAUCUCUUGCAAAGGCAAGAAAACCUGCCCUUGUUUUACCUGAUAAGUCCACUUUUAAUGCAAUGCAAAAGAUGCCAAACAGAUGCCUGCCUGCCUGCCUGCCUGCCUGCCUGAGGUUCCGGUUCUCCUUGUCCCCAGGGCCAGUCAGCGGCCUGUCCAACUACGGAUAAUGGAUCUGGCAAUCCAGCACAAUUGGUAGAGGCCCGGUUGGAGGAGAGCUUUCCCCUUACAAGAGAGAAAAGCCUGGAAUUUGCUGCAAUACCAUUUCGAC